CAUUAUCUUCAGUUGACUUCUCUUCCUUGUCCUCUCGUUAUUCCAGUUGCGCUUAAUCAUGUGAUUUUUUUCGAUUUUUUUUUUUACCGUGAGUUCUAUGCUUUGUCAUGUGACACAUAACAUCCUCAUCAUUCUGUCACGGCAAGUGCUUCGACCUGAAAUGGGAGGUUUAACGGUCGCUUUUUUGCUUUUAUCGAUGCUGUUGAUCGGCACUAGCGAAACCAAAUACGAACCGAACUGGAAAUCGAUCGACUCCAGACCUCUACCUGAGUGGUACGAUCAGGCCAAAUUCGGGAUCUUCAUACACUGGGGUGUGUUUUCUGUCCCGAGCUUCGGCAGCGAGUGGUUCUGGUGGUACUGGCAGAAGCUAAAACUGAAGCCGUAUGUUGAUUUUAUGAAGAGGAAUUAUUCUCCAGAUUUCAAGUAUCAAGACUUUGCUCCACAGUUCACUGCUGAGUUCUUUGAUGCCAAAGAAUGGACAGACAUCUUCGCCUCAUCUGGAGCAAAGUACAUCGUCCUGACUACAAAACACCAUGAAGGUUUCACACUAUGGGGCUCAAAAAACUCCUGGAACUGGAAUGCAAUGGAUGUUGGACCCAAAAGAGACCUGGUGGAGGAAGUGGCGAGUGCCCUGCGUGCUAACAGUGACCUACGUUUAGGGCUGUACCAUUCCCUCUUUGAGUGGUUUAAUCCACUAUUUGAACAGGACGCUGCCAAUGUUUUCACCACAAACUACUUUCCUACCAGUAAAACACUGCCCGAGCUUUAUGAGCUCAUCGUCAAGUACAAACCAGAGGUGCUGUGGUCUGAUGGGGAUGGAGACGCACCUGACAAAUACUGGAAUAGCACAGGUUUCUUAGCCUGGCUUUAUAAUGACAGUCCAGUGCGAGAGACAGUGGUGACGAAUGAUCGGUGGGGUUCUGGCUCCAUCUGCACCCACGGUGGAUAUUACACCUGUGCAGAUCGCUACCAGCCAGGACACCUGCUCAAACACAAAUGGGAAAACUGCAUGACCAUUGACACAAAGUCCUGGGGUUACAGACGUAAUGCUCCGCUCAGUGACUACCUCACCAUAGAGCGGCUUGUGGCGACAUUAGUGGAGACCGUGUCCUGUGGGGGAAACCUGCUGAUGAACAUUGGUCCGACACACGACGGACGAAUCGCUCCGAUCUUUGAGGAGCGUCUGAGGCAGAUGGGUCAGUGGCUGAAGGUGAACGGGGACGCCAUCUACAACACGACAGCAUGGCGGGCUCAGAACGACAGCGUCACUCCAAAUGUCUGGUACACCUCCAGACCACAGCAAAAAGUCGUCUUUGCCACUUUACUGGAGUGGCCCAAUAAUGGAUCUGUGAUUCUGCAUGAACCUGUGGUUACACAAGGACUGGCUCAGGUGGUGCUUCUCGGUCACGGGUCUCUGCGGUGGGAGCCUGUAAAGCCGAGCGGACUGCGGGUUCUCCUGCCCCAGCUGUCCUUCAGCCAGAUGCCAUGCCAGUGGGCCUGGACACUGAGGCUGACAGGUGCCACUUAAAGGAAAACCAGUUCACUUGAAGAGGAACAGACGGAGCUUCAGGCCGAGAGAAGGAAUCUUUGAGUUUUAUCUUUGAAUCACUGAAUACAACCUGUAACAAGAAUGAAAUGUAUGUCCUGAAAUGGGUGAAAACCUGAGGUUAAGGGGAAAACAAAUCUGUGCACUGUACUGUUUGUAAUGAGCACUGUAUGUAUGUUUUACAGUUUUAAAAUGUUUUUUUUUUUAUAAAAUACUCGUAGCGAAAUAAAGAAUAAACAUAAUCAUUGUUUUUGAGUAACUUUUAUGAUCAAGGGAGUUUGUUUUUUUAACUUUGGGACCUAAAAGUAAUUUUUACAACCUUGUCAUUGCCCUAAUAAGCAUUGAUCUACAGGGUAAAGUGACAAAUGUGACCUUUAUACAUUAUGAAAUAUGACAACAUGCUUUCAGGUAUGAGUGUUUCUGCGCUUCUGUGAUUAUGUUUACAUGUUUUAUGUGAUUUUAUGAAGCACUGACGAAUGUGGUAGUGUUUGUUUUAUGUAUGAAGGAAUGUUUCAAUAAAAUCAAUGAAGCUUU